AUGGAUCAGAAGCCAGAGUCAAUUAAGAAGUCUGCUCUAUCAAAAGAUGAGAUUAAAAAGGCUCAAGAAUUGAUAAAGCAUCUAGAAAAGCGUCCAGAGUCCAAUUUAUUUUCAAAACCAGUUGAUUAUAAAGCAUUAGGCCUUAUCGACUAUCCACUCAUUAUAAGCAAUCCUAUGGACUUAUCAACUGUAAAGAAAAAGCUCAAGUCCUCAAAAUAUUCUAACUCCAAAGAAUUUCUCAAAGACCUCAGCCUCAUCUGGGAAAACUGUAAAACUUAUAAUCAAACUGGCUCUGUAAUCCUUAUUUAGCCUAUCUAUCAGCAUGCUGAAAUGAUGGAGGUAUAUAUGAAGAAAUACAUUGAUAAGCAUAGUUUAUUUGUAGAAAAAGCGGUCAAAAGACCAAGAGAAGACAUUUUCAGCAUGCCUUUGACAAACAAUGAAGCACUAAGCUUUGAAAGCAAAAUCGAGCUUGCAGAAAAAAUCAGAAGAGCGCCUGUUGAGCUGCUUGCAGAAAUAGUGAAAAUUGUUGAAAGCCAAUGCAAGCCUGCAAUAGAGGAGCUGGACACUGAAAGAAUCCAAAUUAAGAUGAAUGCUCUUGACAAAGACUCUUUUGACAAAAUAUUUAAGUAAGGAUUAUGCAGCUUAAUUAAUGGGGCAUGCAAUAAUGACGAAGCAAAGCCAUCUAAGAAGCAGAAGUGUUAG